AUGUGGGUGGGGUUGUUGUUGUGCAUGCAUGCGUACUUGUGGCUCUGCUGCAGCAACUAUAUGUGGGUCGGCCGCUAUGGAGAUGCUCUCUGCUACUUCGAGCGCCUGCAGCAAAACCUCCUUUUCCUCGCCAUGCUGGCAGACCAGCACCGCGGGGGCUUGAGUGAAGGGUCAAUGGAGGAGCAGCAGCAGGCCUUCUAUGGCAACCGGGAUUUCUGGAGCCACGAGGAGCUGCAGCGCCUCCACCACGCGCUGCGUACGCCGGGGCAAGAUCUGCAGCAACUUGCUGCUGCUGUAGGCAGCAAGAACUCCGCGCAGAUCCUCUCUUACUUGUCACAUGCAGCAGACCGCCACAUGAUGCACCGAGCAGCAGCCGGGCCGGCUGGCAGUGCUGCAGCAGCAGCAGCAGCAGCUGCUGCUGCUGCGGCUUCUGGCUUCGGGACGACGGCUGCUGGCAACUCUGCUGCAGCAGCUGCUGCUGCACCGGCUUCUCUUCCUUCAGGCGGGACAGGAGCAGCAAACGCUGCAGCAAGAGCGACGCAUGCGACACAGGAAACUCAAAAACAAGAGGAUAAGCAGCAGCAGCAGCAGCAGCAGCAACUGCAACCGCAGCAGCAAGUGCAACCGCAGCAGCAGCAGCAACCGCAGACGCAGCAACAGCAGACCCAGCCACAGGUCAUGCAGCAGCAACAGCAACCGCAGCAGAAACAGCAGAUUCAGCAGCAGCAGAUGCAAAUACCGCAGCAGCAACAUCAGCAGCAAAUGCAGCAGCAGCAACAAAUGCAGCAGCAGCAGCAGCACCAGCUGCAGCACCAGCAGCAGCUCCAGCAACAGCAAAUACCAAAGAUAAUGCAUCAGCCAGCUCCGCAGCAGUUUCAGCUACCGCAGCAACAGCAGCAGCAGCAGCAGCAGCAGCAGCAGCAGCAGCAGCAGCCUGGCACAGGGGCUACAGGGGCUCCAAGCCUUCAAGCUGUGCAGCCGAAUGCACUAAUAGGGGCACCUCUGCAGCAGCAGCAGCAGCAGCAGCAGCAGCAGGCAGCGGGAGGAGCAGCAAGUCAGGGAGAUUCAAUGUUGCAAAACGCGGGUCUUUCUCGUCAGCCGUCUUUGCCGCAGCAGCAGCUUCUGCAGCAGCAGCUGCUACAACAGCAGCUGCUGCAGCAGCUGCCAACGCAGACCCAACCGCUGCUGCAGCAAUCGCCGACGCAGCAUCUGCAGCUGCAGCAGCAGCAGCAGCCGCAGCAGCUAGCUACCCAGCCAACAGCGCAUUUCUCGUUUAUGCAAAAGCGGCCUUAG